AUGAUUUAUAAUUAUCAUCAGAAAUACUUUAACAAAGCAAAGGUGUUGACAUCUUCGUUGACUGGUCGUGAGUUUGUUGCUGAAGUAUUAAAUGGAUCUGGAACAAGUUGUUUUGAUUUAUUUCGAAUGAAGAAAGAAUGUUUUAUUAAUUUCUGUAAUGAAUUGAGGGAGAAGAACUACUUAUGUGACUCAAGAGAUGUGCUUGUUGAAGAGAAGGUUGCUACAUUUUUAUUCAUAAUUGGUCAUAAUGUUCGUCAUAGAGUUGCUUCAAUCCGCUUUCAACAUUCCACUGAAACAAUAUCACGCAAUUUUAAGGAGAAUUGCAUAGGUGCGAUUGACGGUACACAUAUCAGUGCAUCGGUUCCUGCAGAAAAACAAAUUUCAUGUAGAGAUAGAAAGGCAACAAUCACACAAAAUGUCAUGUGUGCUUGUGAUUUUAACAUGAUGUUUACGUAUGUAUAUUCGGGAUGGGAAGGAAGUGCACAUGAUUCAAAGAUUCUUUUGGAUGCAAUUACAAAUCAAAAUGCUGAAUUUCCUUGGCCACCUAGAGGUUUCUUUUAUCUCGUUGAUUCUGGGUAUCCAUGUAUUGGAGGUUUUCUUCCCCCUUAUAGGGGUGAAAGGUAUCACGCACAAGAAUAUAGAGGUCAAGGUAGACAACCCAGAAGUCCAGAAGAGUUAUUUAACUACAGACACUCGUCUCUAAGGAUGACAAUUGAGUGUUGUUUUGGGGUGCUGAAAAAUAGAUUUCCUAUUUUAAAGUUGAUGCCUCCUUAUAAGCCUUCUAGGCAACGACUCAUAGUUAUUGCGUGUUGUGCUAUUCACAAUUACAUACGCAAGUGGAAUUUACCGGACGAGUUGUUUAGGAUAUGGGAAGAAAUGGAUCCUAUCGAACUUGAGGGAAUACAAGAAGGUCCUAUCAUAGAAGGAACAAGUUCCAAUGUCGACAACUUAACAAGGUUAUCUAAUGAAGGUGCAGCUGAAAUGACAAUGAAGAGAAAUCAUAUUAGAGAUGAGAUGUGGAUAUUGAUAUACGCUAUAAAAUUUUGA